GCUCUUGGCAUAGAGCUGGGACGCCUCCUGCGCCGCUUGUGGGGCACACGCCCCCCAAGAUGAAGUUUGGCAAAACCUUUGAGACGCACCUGACCAUCGAAUGGCGACAGCAGUACAUGCGAUACACGGACCUGAAGACGAUGAUCAAGCAGGGCGUGGAUGGUGCCCCCGCCUCGGACUCGUCGCAGGAGUACGCGACCGCGGCCUACUAUCAGGCCUUCGAGGAGGCCUUCUUCUUCGAGUGCCGGAACGAGCUGGAGCGCGUCAACAACUUCUUCAUGGAGAAGCUGGCGGAGGCGCGUCGCAAGCAUGCCACCCUCAAGCUGCAGCUGCUGGCCACCGCCCGGGUGCCGGGCCACACGGCCAGCCUCACAUCGCUGGGCUCCCAGCGGACGGAGCAGGUGCGACCGGAGCCCGUCAACACCUCGGGCAGCCGCAAGAUGAUGACCCAGCGGCAGCUACGGAACGCCUACAGCGAGUUCUAUCUCAGCCUCGUGCUGCUCCAGAAUUUUCAGUCCCUCAACGAGACGGGCUUCCGCAAGAUCUGCAAGAAGUACGACAAGUAUCUGAAGUCCUCUGCUGGUGCGGACUGGUUCCAGCGUUAUAUUCCGCAGGCGGCCUUCGCGGAUCAGCGCUCCCUCCAGCGCAUGGUCAUCGAGGUGGAGGACCUGUACACGUUCUAUCUGGCGGCUGGGGACCGAUCGCAGGCGAUGAACAAGCUGCGAGUGCCGCCCCUGGGCCAGCCCACGCCGGCGCAGAUGGUCUUCCGGGCCGGCCUCGCCCUGGGCAUGUUCGUGAUGCUCUUCGUGUUGACGCUGAUCAGCUACUGGCGGCGACCGCCGUUGCAGAGCAACAUCCUGGCGUUCAUGAGCCUCUACCGGGGUCCCUUCACCUGGGUGAUCUUCAACUUCUUUAUGGCGGCCAAUGUGACCGGCUGGCAGCGGUUCGGCGUCAACCAUGUGCUGAUCUUCGAGAUCGAUCCGCGCAGCCACCUGCAGCCGGCCACCUUCCUGGAGAUCGCCUGCACCUUCGGCAUCCUGUGGACCCUCUCGAUGCUCGGCUUCCUCUAUCACGGCCAGUUCCAUGUGGCCGAUCCGUUCGUCUUCCCGCUGGCCCUGAUCCUGAUCAUGCUGCUGCUGCUGGUGGUGCCGCUGCCGAUCAUGAACUGGCCGGCGCGCUGGUGGACGAUAAAGCUGCUGGGGCGCGUGAUGUCGGCCCCGAUGCACUACGUGGGCUUCGCCGACUUCUGGAUGGGCGAUCAGCUGAACUCGCUGUUGACCUGCAUCGUGGACCACUACUACAUAGUGCGGUUCUACGCCUCCUCCUGGCUGCGGGGGCAGCCGGUGCCCCCGUACCUGAGCACGGACGUGCUGGUGCCGGUCAUCUACUGCCUGCCCGCCUGGUUUCGGUUCGCGCAGUGCCUGCGCCGGUUCCGGGACAGCGGCUCCAAGUCCAUCAGCUACCUCCUCAAUUCCGGGAAGUACUCGACGACCUUCUUCGUGGUGCUCUUCUCGACGCUGCGCGCUCGCACGGAUGAUCGGUACGCGAACACGUUCGUCAAUCCGUACACGUGGCUCCUGCUGGCCGCCUCCAUCGUGUCCACCCUGUACUGCUUUCUGUGGGACGUGAUCAAGGACUUUGGCCUGUUCCGGAUCUGGAAGGGCAAGCACAUCUUCCUGCGGGAGAAGCUCGUCUAUCCGCCGGCCUUCUACUACUUUGUGAUCGUCGAGAACCUGCUGCUGCGCUGGUUCUGGGUGAUCGAGUUUACGCUCAACCACCACGAACUGAUGACGCCCUACAACACCAAGACCCUCGGCAGUCUCCUCGAGAUCACGCGGCGGUUCAUCUGGAACUACCUUCGAUUGGAGAACGAGCAUCUGUACAACUGCGGCAAGUUUCGGGCCACCAGGGACAUCCAUCUGGCCGCCCUCAAUCCCCGGCAGGAGCGCAUGCUCGAGUCGAUGAUGGACGAGUCCGAUGGGGUGUCCAAUCGCAGGCAGAGGCCGGACGAACGCACUCGACUUGGCAAGGAGUACUUCUAGAGCGGUUACUCGUCUGUGGCAGCUGCCACUGAUCAUGCCACGCGCUGUCAUUUCUUCUCUCCCCCACACCCCACACCCCCCCUCUCUCUCGCUCUCUCUGGAGUCCCAGCUGUGUCCGUUAAUGCUAAUGGCCCUCUGCAUCUCCGUCAUCAUCUUUAAUUAAUUCGUUUGUGCAAAAAAGAAGGCAAGGAGAGCAAAAGAGAGAGAGGUAUGAAGCAGGCCUGAAGAGCGAGAACGAGAGCGAGAGAUGGAUGGAGGGAGGGGGGACAUCGGAUUGGAUCGGAUCGCAUCGGGCACGCGCCAAACCGGUCCACCAGCUGCACCCAAAAGCAGCUCCCCAGCUCCCGCCCCUCCCCCAAUGUGGCUCCGCUGUGGUCGUUCGGACGCAUCCAGGAGAUCCUCAUUGCGUUCGCCCGAUCGCACGGAUCCCCUGCUUGUGGGACAAUCAUCUAAUUGACUCGCAUUGAGCUUUGAUUACCGAAGUAAUUAGUGGGGCUGCAGGGGCUGUC